UGGGCGCUCACCUCCACAGCAGCUUCCUUGAUCCCUGCCACACACAACUGAACGCCGACAGCACCCGCCUCACCAUGAAGCUGCUGAUUGUCCUCAUGCUGACGGCCCUCCCUCUGUACUGCUAUGCAGGUUCUGGCUGCCAACUGCUGGAGUUUUUGGUUGACAAGGCCUUUGAUCCUGAAGUGUCUGUAUCAGAAUUCCAGGAAUAUCUACAAGAGUUCAUAGACGGUGAUAACAGUGCACAGGCUGCAGCGGAACUCAAACAGUGUUUCCUCAACCAAUCAAACAAAACUCUGCACAAUUUUGGAGUGAUUAUGACUAGGAAAUUCCCGGGCGGAGGUGCUCCACGGUCGUCAGCGCGGCUGUUUCGGCCGGUGCCGCUGCUGUGCCCCGCGCGGCUGCUUUGUCGGUGCCCCAGAGCAGCGGUUCUCCGUACAAAAUACACUGGUCCGGUGCGCUUUUGGCUGGCGAUUGGAGCCACGGGAAGUCGCCCAUACGCUGGUUCAAAAAGGGGACUGAGCAGAGAACCAGGACAGUAG